UCCGCCCCCGCUACCCCCACCCACACUGGGUGUAGAAAUACUGCUGCAGUCCCGGCCACCACCCACUGCACUGCGACCCUGUAGGGACUUCGCCUCUAAGUCUCAGCAUCUGACCUGCCUGCCCGUGGUCUGCGCCAAUGGCUAAAGGUCCCUUUGCGCGCAAGCCCUGGGGUCCAGAGCAGAUGUAUUUCGACUCCGACCCUGAGUCCGAGGGCCUGUUCGAUAAGCCGCCCCCGGAAGAAAGCCACACUGCCCGUGCACCCAAGUCGGCGUCCUGGGCUGGCAGGAAAUCUGGUCGGCGCGCUGGCGGGAGAGCUCCAGGGACCCGUGCUGGGCAGUCCCGAAAGGCCGCCGCGCGCCCGGAGCCCGAGCCCAAGGAAGAGGAUCCUUUGGUGGAGGAGCCUCCGGAGGAUGAGGGCUGCUACCUCGACCACUUCCCGCAUCUCUCCAUCUUCAUCUACGCGGCCAUCGCCUUCUCCAUUACUUCCUGCAUUUUCACCUAUAUCCAUUUGCAGCUUGCCUAGGCGGCCAGGGUCGAACGGA